GGAGGAGGCGGCGGCGGAAGAGGGCGGAGGGUAGUGGGAUGGGGGUCCCGCGGCAGCGCUGAAACUCCGGGUGGGCGUCCAUGGCGCUGCUGCGCUGACAGGGCUGGGGACAGCCUGCCUUCCGCUCUCGCCAGCUCUACGUCCGAGUAGCCGGUCCUUCCCCGGGGAGCCAGUUCCUCCCCGGGCCCCUGAGCCAUGCCCAUCGCGGCCGCCCCGGACGAGCCAGGUGUUAAUUAAUUACUUGCAAGCAAGUAAACAAUGGAGCCAGACAUCAUUCGAAUGUACUCUUCAUCCCCCCCACCACUUGACAAUGGAGCAGAGGAUGAUGAUGAUGAUGAAUUUGGGGAAUUUGGUGGAUUUUCCGAAGUUAGCCCUUCUGGUAUAGGGUUUGUUGACUUUGAUGCACCAGAUUAUACUCGUCCCAAGGAAGAGUUUAUACCUUCAAACCAUUUUAUGCCAAUUCAUGAUUUCUCAGAAAAUGUAGAUAGCCUUACAAGCUUUAAGUCCAUUAAGAAUGGUAAUGAUAAGGAUAUCACUGCUGAACCUCCUAAUCCUAUGAAAGGACAGUCUGAUGUUUUACUUUCUACCACCAGCAAUGAAAUAAUUUCUUUUAAAACUUCAGAUGCUUCCAUUGAUGGUAUGGAAAGUCCAAGAGAUUUAAAUAAAGUAGAACAGAGACAAAAUGUUGGGACAUCUGCAAGUUUCUCUCCAGGAGAUUUUAGAACUGAUACGAACAUUGUUCAUCAAAACAAACAGUUAGAGAGCUGCAAUGGUGAAAAACCUCCUUGUCUGGAGAUUCUAACAAAUGGAUUUGCAGGGUUGGAAACUGUAAAUCCUCAGGGAACAGAUGAUCUGGACAAUGUAGUUAAUUCAAAGGGAAGGAAGCCUCUUAGUACUGAGUACAGUGUAGACUCUGCACCUAAUUCUGCUGACGAAUUUGCAGAUUUUGCCACAUUUUCCAAAAAGGAAAGGAUACAAUUAGAAGAAAUGGGAUGUGCAAUUUUAAAUGAUCGAGAUGCAGUAACAGUUCAGGAAAACAACAAAAUUAACAGAGUCAAUGAACUUAAUUCUGUAAAAGAAAUGCCUUUGGUUAGAAGGUUUGAUGAUAAAGGAGACACUGAGGAAGAGCAACAAAUUUGUGGUUCAGAAACCUGCAAAGUGACUGGUAGAGGUUUCAGUGUUGGGAAAAAAGACCUUCUAACACUGCAAAGGGAUGAUUUUUUUAAUUCAAGUAUUCAAUUAGAGACUUGGAACUUGGGAGAUUCAGCUGAUAAUUCAGAUGCCAUUAGGAGAGAACAAUGUAAAACUGAGGAAAACCUCGAUUUGUUUACUUCUAAAAGUACUGACCUAUGCAUGGAUUCUAGUAAGACUUCUGAUGCUGAUGAAGUUAGUUCUUCCAAAGAAGAAAAUAGCAAGUUUACUAAUUCCCAAAGCCCUCACAUUGAUCUCACUGAAGAAAAUGUUUUGGAUGAAUCUGUAAGUAUAAAAAAUGGUGAUAGUAGUAACGACUUUGUGACUUGCAAUGAUACCAAUGAAGAUGAAUUUGGUGACUUUGGCACAGCCAGUGGCACUACUCCACCUUUUGUUGCUGGUACUCAAGAUUCCAUGAGCGAUGUCACUUUUGAAGAGUCUUCAGAGCACCUUCCACAUUUUAGUGAACCAGGCGAUGAGUUUGGAGAAUUUGAGGAUACAAAUGCUGUUUCUUGCCAAGAGGAAAUGGUAUUUACUGAGUCCAACCCAAAACAGACUUCUGAUGGUUUAUCAGAGGAAUGUCAAUUGGCAAGAAAAUCUAGUGGAACAGGCACUGAACCUGUUUCAAAACUGAAAAAUGAGCAAGAUGGCGAGUUUGGAGAUUUUGAUGGUGUGCCAAAUAUUCAGGAUGACAGCAGUGCUUUUCAAGACUCGGAUGAUUUUGCAGACUUCAGUUCAGCUGGUCCUAGCCAAGUUGUAGGCUGGAAUGCUUUUGAGGAUGAACAGAAAGAUGGUUGUUCUUGGGCUGCUUUUGGAGAUCAGCAAGCUACCGAAUCUCAUCAUCGUAAAGAAGUCUGGCAGUCACAUAGGACAGAUGAAAACACUGAUUUUGUGGGAACCCCUAAGAUGCACAGUGUCCCUAUAGCAGUUUCUAAAGGAACAGUUGCUAGUGGCCAUUUACAGGAGUCAGCCACUUCAGUUCAGUCAGCUUUGUUAAACCGUCUGGAGCGAAUUUUCGAAGCAUGUUUUCCUUCCAUAUCUGUCCCUGAUGCUGAAGAGGAAGUUAUUUCCCUGAAGCACUUGCUGGAAACAAGCACCUUGCCAGUAAAAACAAGAGAGGCCUUAGCUGAAAGUGGAGAACUGCUGGAUGUUUGGACGGAGCUACAGGAUAUCCAUGAUGCACAUGGCUUGAAAUACCAGUGGGGUGGUUCCCACAGCAACAAGAAGCUUUUGUGUUCCUUGGGAAUAGAUACGAGAAACAUUCUCUUCACGGGCAAUAAGAAGCAGCCAGUAAUAGUGCCCAUGUAUGCAGCAGGAUUGGGUAUGUUAGAGCCCACCAAGGAACCAUUGAAACCACUGUCAGCUGCAGAAAAAAUUGCUUCCAUUGGUCAGACAACCACCAUGACACCAGAGAUGAACACGUGUCCAUCUGAUCAGUUCCAGGAGUCUCUACCCCCCGUCCAGUUUGACUGGAGUAGCAGCGGCCUUACUAACCCUUUAGAUGCUAGUGGAGGUUCCACUCUUCUGAACCUUGAUUUCUUUGGGCCCGUGGAUGACAGUAGCUCUAGCAGCAGCACCACAAUCCCAGGUGUGGAUCCAGAGUUGUAUGAAUUAACAACUUCUAAGCUGGAACUUUCCACCUCAAGCCUCAAAGUGACUGAUGCGUUUGCAAGACUCAUGUCCACAGUAGAGAAGACAAGCACAUCUACCAGGAAACCAAAAAGAGAAGAACACUUGAGUGAAGAAGCUGUCAAGGUGAUUGCCAGCCUUCCUGACCUGACAUUCAUGCAUGCCAAGGUGUUGAUGUUCCCUGCCACCUUAACACCUUCUACAAGCUCCCAAGAACAGGCCGACUGAUCACGGGCUGAACUGGACAGUUUCAAAUCCUUUUUCUCUCCUCUUUCCCUUCCAUACCAUCAAAAGCAUACCUGCUCUGAUUAAAAAAAAAAAAUUCAACUUCAGCUGAUUUGUUGGUAAGCCGCACUAGAAAGGUAUACAUAGUAAUGUAUAUUUUAUUUACAUACUGAAGUCCUAAAUUUAUAUUAGAAAAAUGUAAAUAAUCGGGGAUGAACAUUUUUGAAGAUUUAUUCUUUUUGUGUUGCUGGGGUGUAUACAUUUAUGUCUUUGUGAAAUACACUGGUGGUGUCCUUCUUACAAAACUUUUGAAAUAAAAAAAAAAUUUAAAAAACUCAGAUCUCCACUGUCUGAAAUCCCCUUCAGUCUUUUCCAGUUGCAUUGAAUGCCCUCUUACUUUUUCAUGUCACAUGUUGGAUUACUUUUGCUAUCAUAAAUAAGGUCCAAAGUCCCUGGUUAAUUUUUUUUUUAAUUUUGUGUGUGAUGGGUUUGUUUCAGAUCUGGCUUUGGUUAACAUUUUAUGGCUCUUUUUUAAAUCUUUUCAAUCUGGCAUAUUGCUAUUUGACCUUUUGCUAGCUACUUCAUCGAUGGCUCUUUUUGCUAUAGGAUAUGGAUCAUUGUCAGAACUUGAUUGGAGGGGUCAAAGAGAUUGUGUCUGUUUUAAAUCUGUUUGAUUUGAAGAAGGACCAAGUUUUAUGAAUGUCUUACAAUGAAAUUUUCUUGUACUGAUUUUUGUUCUAUUGUACCACUAUUUUUUGAGGAUUUUGCACAGUGUAAAAUGACAUAAUCAUAGAUUGCUAUGGUUUAGGCUGUAUAUACAGUGAAAACUAUGGGUUUUAAAUGUUUGGGGAAAUUCCUAUGGAAAAAAGAGAGACAUGUAGAAGAACCUCUAACAGGGUUAAUGUGCAUGCCCAAGGUCUUUUGAGAUUUCAGUGUGUAAAUUUCCUUUUAGCUUACACAAAAAUAAAAUAAUUUAAAAGAAAUUU